AUGGCGAGCAGGAGCGCGAACCCCCCUGAGCCAGCCUCUUCCUCCCCAGGCUGUGCCUUCCUCACCUACUGCGCCCGGGACUCUGCUCUCAAGGCUCAGAGUGCACUGCACGAGCAGAAGACCCUGCCAGGGAUGAACCGUCCAAUCCAAGUGAAGCCAGCUGCCAGUGAGGGCCGAGGAGAGGACCGAAAGCUGUUUGUGGGGAUGCUGGGGAAGCAGCAGGGUGAGGAUGAUGUCAGACGCCUGUUCCAGCCUUUCGGCCAUAUCGAGGAGUGCACUGUCUUGCGGAGCCCGGAUGGCACCAGUAAAGGCUGUGCCUUUGUGAAGUUUGGGAGUCAGGGGGAAGCUCAGGCGGCCAUCCAGAGUCUGCACGGCAGCCGGACCAUGGCGGGUGCCUCAUCCAGCCUCGUGGUCAAGCUGGCGGACACGGACCGGGAGCGAGCCCUGCGUCGUAUGCAGCAGAUGGUGGGCCAGCUGGGCGUCUUCCACCCGGCACCGCUGCCGUUUGGCGCCUGCGGAGCCUACACCACGGCGAUCCUGCAGCAGCAGGCGGCCCUGCUGGCAGCGGCCCAGGGCCCAGGACUAGGCCCGGUGGCUGCGGUGGCCGCACAGAUGCAGCACGUGGCGGCCUUCAGCCUAGUCGCCACGCCGCUGCUACCCGCGGCAGCCAACUCCCCUCCUGGCGGUGGCCCGGGCGCGCUUCCGGGGCUCCCGGCACCUUUCGGAGUCAAUGGAUUCAACUCCCUGACCCCUCAGACCAACGGGCAGCCAGGCCCUGACACCCUCUACAAUAACGGGCUCUCCCCUUACCCAGCCCAGAGCCCAGGUGUGGCUGACCCGCUGCAGCAGGCCUACGCUGGGAUGCACCACUACGCAGCCUACCCAACAGCCUAUGCCCCAGUGAGCACAGCUUUCCCUCAGCAGCCUUCAGCCCUGCCCCAGCAGCAAAGAGAAGGCCCCGAAGGCUGUAACCUCUUCAUCUAUCACCUGCCUCAGGAGUUUGGUGAUGCAGAACUCAUACAGACAUUCCUGCCCUUUGGAGCUGUCGUCUCUGCCAAAGUCUUUGUGGAUCGAGCCACCAACCAGAGCAAGUGUUUCGGGUUUGUUAGCUUUGACAAUCCAACCAGUGCCCAGACAGCUAUUCAGGCCAUGAAUGGCUUUCAAAUUGGCAUGAAGAGGCUCAAGGUCCAGCUAAAGAGGCCCAAGGAUGCCAACAGGCCUUACUGAUCUGCUGUCACUGACCAGUCACAGAAAGAUUCAGAAGAGUGAGAAGAAGAAAAGAGAGGAAAAGCACAGAAGCGCUUAAGCAGCCCUUCUUGAAGGAGCAGCCGCAGACGGAGGUGGAUUGGGCCCAAGGCCAGUGCCUGGGGCUCAGGCCACUUUAAGGAUUGUCUUCAUCAAGUGGGUUGUUCUAUGCCUGUGGCAUAAAGUUCAGGCUGGAAAGGCAGCUGGGACUGGCUGAAGAUGGACUGUCGAAGGGAACCAGCAGAGGGACUUGGUGGUGCCAGAGGCUUCUCUGCAAGGGAAGUUCAGAUUUACUUCAUUCAAAAUCAUAUCAUUCCUUAGAGUUUAGGGACCAAAGGACUAUUGCUUUUUAAAGAAUAUAUAUCAAAACAAAACAAAACACAUAAAAGAGAAACACAAAGACAGUAUAGCGUCUCAUAAAAGCUGCCUUUAAAUAUCCCUAGGAGACAGGGUGAAGGAGAUCUUCAAAAGCCCAAGCCUACCCAAAGGGAGGCUGUAGAAAGAUUGUUCUGUGUCGCAUAUUCUCUUAAACCAUCUCCCCACACUGCCUUUUUAAAUAAUUAAGGACUUGAAGUCUAGGCUCAGAUGCAGGUGACAAGAGAGUUACGGAAACAGUGAACCCACAGUCCCCAAACACAGAGAGCAUCACCGAAGAGGCUUCAGGAGGAACUCUGGCCUGCCCUGGCCUCUACCACCAAGAGUGGGAGCCUGCCUUUCUUUCCUGACAGCCUUUCCUGUGGAACCACUACUUCUCUGGGCUGGAAGAAAAAGGGAGUUUUGGCCACCCUAGCUUUUCCUUUCCUCUCCAUAUAGACAGAGGCCCUGCCUUUGGCUGAGCUGAGACACCUCCUAAUUGCCCUCACCGGGAGCCAGCCCUAGUGUCCCCUUGCUCCAGGCCACCUUCUAUUUCUAAGUUUGACCACCUGUAAAGUAGAUUCAGAAUACAUGUAGAAGGCUGUGACAACAGACUUGGAAGUUUGCUGCUGUAUAUACAGCCAUUAAGAAGGGAGUGAUUUUCAAUAUCUAGAAGGUUCAGAAUUUAAAGUCCCUCUUUACCCAGGACCUGAGAGAGUAGAUGUUUUGCCAAAAUACUUCUUCAUUCCUUUAAAAAGUAUAUCUUUCUUAUGCAAUAGUGUUUCACGUGCUUAUCCAAGGUGCUUCUAGAUGGUGAGCAGUGUUCAGCUUAGAAGUGGUGUGUGCUUUGUCUGUCUUUGUCUGUCUGUUGUAUACUGUGGGUGCCAUAUAAAGCUGACCAAUGGUGGUACUUCCUGCUUGUGUCUGUGAGAUGGGCAAAAGAUUUCAGCUUAGAACACCAUGAUUCAUCUUGCCUUUGCCAGCCUUUCCUGGGCCUGCAGGGACUUGCACAUGUUUUUCUCAGAAGGAUAAUUUUCUCUCCACCCCAUAGACAUGGAUUAAACUGGUCUGUGGCCCCACCUGUGUGGUGGGCACUCUGAUCCUCAGAUGUUGCUGAGGCUGGAGGCCUUUGAUCUGAUAGCAAAUCAGAGAGCAAAGGAUGUGAGGGUGGGAUCAGAGGGUUCGUCCUUUAUAACAGUUUUUAAGAAAACCUAUUCCUACCUUUUCCUCUGUCUUUUACUCAUUUUUGGAAGGAAUGGGAUGAAAAAUAGAUCCAGUAAUAACAUUACCAGGUAAGGUAUGGUAUAUAUCAAUUAAUAAUUUUCAACUGAGAGAAGAACCAGUGUCAAGGGCAUCUGUACAUCAGCACAAUGCUGACCACCCUAGACACUGAUGGAGAUAGGUAGCACCUACAUAUUCAAACAGAUGUUCACAUAGAGGUAUAGCGGCCCCCUCAGUACUAGGUUCUAAGCACUGUGCUAGGAGCCUGGGCUCAGGCAUGUUCUAAGUACUCAAAGUUAGGAGGAAAGACAGACCAAUAAUGUAGUUACAAUGGAGGGCCACACAUGGUCUAUGAUAAGAAGAGUACCUAAUUCAGACUUGAUUGGUAAUUCAGACUUGAUAGAUCAGAAAAAGGUUUCCUGAAGGAUAUUAAAAGAAGGGAAGGGUCUUUGAGGAUGAACUGGGACUUUUGGACAGACAUUUGGACAGUGCAUCAUUUUGAUAAAUUAUCUUAAUUACCAAGAAAUAAUAACGAUUACCAUUUAUUCAGUGCCUACUAUGUGCAGACAAUGGGCACCAAGACUCUUUUCCCAUUCCUAACUCUACCCUGAACCUUAACUUAUUACAAAGUCACGUUAAGAGCUUGAACCAAAAUGGUAUUUAAAAGUAUUUUGCUUCAUACUUAGGAACUGCCAGAUUGUGUGCCAAUGGCUGCAGAGGUCGGCAGAGUCUAGGUAAAGGGUCAGCAAACUAUGGUUUGUGGACAAAUCUGGCCUGCAGUCUAUUUUUGUAUAGCCUAUAGGCCUCAGCUUGUAACUAAGAAUGGUUUUUACAUUCUUAAAGGAUUGUAAAAAAUGUUUUAAAUAAUACAGAGACUAUGUGUGGCCCACAAACUCUAAAAUAUCUGAUCUUUUAGAUAAAAAGUAUGCUGACCCCUAUAAGAUCAUGGAAGACUUGUAAAAUGUCUAAUGAGUUUGAACAACAUGGUGUUUGUGUCUCUGUUGUUUGUGCAUUUAGUAGUCUGAAGCCUUUCAGCUGCAAGUGUCAAAAACUCAACUCAAACAUGUUUAAGCCAAUAAGAAAUUAAUUGGGUUACAUAAUUGAUAAAUCAAAGGAUAUAUCUUCCUUCAGGCAUGGCUGGAACUAGGGGUUCAGAUAAUGAUGUCUCCAUCUUUUGGCUUGGCCUCACUAGUUCUAGCUCUAAAGUCCUAGGGAGAACCUUGGCCAGAAUGGACAUGUGCCCACCUCUAGGGUGGAAGAGUAGACCACCAUAAUUGACAACUUCACCAGGACUGUGUGGAGGGGAGGAAUGGCUCCCCAAAGGAAGGGAUGAUGGA